CAAUGAGUGAUAUUAUAAGAAGUUCUUAGUACAGAGCAAUCUAGGUAAUUCUUGAUUCCACUAAAUAUAGAAUGUUACAACUAAUCAAUAGGCCAAUAAUCCUGUUCUUUAAGGAUAAGUAGUAAAAUAAGUAAUCUUGGAAACACGUAAAGAUGAAUAGACUGAAUAAUACGAAUUAAGAAUUGAAAAACUUACUCAAGAGGUUGAGUAAUGGAAAAGACAAUGUUUUUUAGGUGAAUAGUAACUUAAUAAAUUUACAACUCAAUUGUAAGAAGUAAUUUAUAUAUCAUUUACAAAUUAAUAGAUGGCCAGUCUUGAAGCUAGAUUGGGUGCUUUGUAGUAGGAAUAUAAGAGUGUUGAAGUUAAAUAUAGAGAAAAGUGUAAUGAGUUUGAGAAAUUGAGGAUUGAGUAUAGUAAACUUGAUUCAGCUCUAAUCUCUUAUUCUUUAACUCAUAUUGAAACAAAAAGAUUCGAAGAGGCUAUUCAGAGUAAAUAGAAUAUCAUAACUGACUUACAAAGGCAACUCUAAGAUGCAAAUGAGAGAUUAUUGCAAAUCCCUAAAUUGGAAGAUUUGUUGAGAAGUGAACAUAGAAAAAACGAAUAACUAGUUUAAGAGAUUGAUUAAUGGAAAUAAAAGUACUCAGCUAUUCAAUAAGAUAAAGAUAAUUAUAUUAAAUAAUUAUAAUAUGAAAGUGAAGAUAUUAAUUAAAAAAACAAAGAAUUUUUAGAAGCUGAAAUUCAUAAAGGAAAUAAUGAUCUCUUAAAUAAGGUUAAAUUACUUUAAGCCUAAAUUGAAUAAUUAAAGUAAGAGGCAAAAGAAUUCUAAAAUCUAUUGUAAUUAGAGUAGUCUGAAAAUAAUAAAUUAAAAUCUCAGGUGGAUUUAUUAAAUGCUCGUAUUGUUGAAUAAAAUGAACAAUUAGAUAUUGAGAUUGGAUUGGUUAAGGAGAGAGACUUUAAAUUAAAUGAUGCUGAAGCUAAAAUUAAAUAAUUAGAAGAUGAUUUAUUAGAAAUAAGAAGAUUAGAUCAAAUUAUUUAAGAUUUGGAAACUAAGAAUCAAAAUCUUGUUAAUGAGAUAGAUACAUUACGUAAUGAAGCUAAUCAAUAUAAAUUGGUUAUUUAAUAAUUAGAACAUGAUCUUGGUAAAUUGAUGGAAUUAGAAAAUAAAGUUGCUAUGUUAUCAUCUGAAAUUGAAAGAUUGAAAUAAAUGAUUGCUUCUAAGAAUGAAUAGAUUGAUAGAUUAAAAUAAUAAAUUGAUUAAUUAAAUAAGGCAAUAGAUGAUUAUAAGACUAUUGAAGCAGAAAAAUAAGUACUUGAAAAUAAAUGUGCUAUGUUAGCAACAGAAAUUGAAAGAAAGAAAUUUUAGAUUGAAUAAAGAGAUGUUAAAAUAAAUGAAUUAAAUAAAUAAAUUAAUGAAUAAUAAUUAUUCAUUGAUGAAUUAAAGGAAAGACCUGAUCUUUCUAUACCUUUAGCUGAAGCUGAGAAUUUAAUUAAAUUAUGGUAAGAGAAGUAUUAAAAUUUAGAAUAAAUUUAAAAUAAAUACACAAUUAUUGAAUAAGAAAAUUAUUAAUUGAAAAAUUAAUUAUAAGCAUUAUUGUAAGAGUUGGAUUAAGUUAAGAAAGAUUUAGAAUAACGAUCUAAUUAAUUAAAUGAAGCAGAAUCUACAAUUCAUUUAAUGGAAUAAGAUCUUAAUAAACUUAAUUCACUUUAAGAAUAGAUUAAAGCUUGGGAAUCUAAAUAUUAAUUACAAACUGAGUAGUUUACAUCAAUAAGAGAAUAAUUAAUUUAAAGUUAAGAAACUAUUAAGAAAAGUGAUAGAGAUGAUAUUUUGAAUGAAUUAAGAGAAUUAUAAGGAAGAUAUUAAUCUUUGGAAACAUAAAAUUAAGAUUUAAUUGAUUAAUUAGAAUAAUUAAGAUAAUUGUAUAUUAAAUGUCAAGCAGAAUUAGAAGAAGCAAUAAAAUUAGAAUCAAAAGUUUAUGAUUUAGAAAAUAAGGUAGCUAUGCUUUCAAGUGAAGUUGAAAGAUUGAAAUAUAGAACAAAUUCAAAAGAUGAGGAAUUAAAGAAAUUAUAAGCAUAAAGUAAAGAUUUUGAUAGUUUGAAGAAUGAUUUCUAAUAAAUGAAUGGAGAUUUAUAAAAUACAUAACAUUCAUUAGAAGAAUUAACUUAAUAAUUAGAAGAAUAAUUAGAUAAAUUUAAAUAAUAAACAAAAGAAUUAAAUGAAGCAUAAUAAAUGAGAGAUUAAUUAGAAAAUAAGAUUGCUAUGUUAUCUACUGAAAUUGAAAGAUAUAAAUAUAAAUUAAAUAAUAAAUAAAAUGAGACAGAUUAAUUAAAGAAAUAAAUUUUAGAUUUAUAAUAAUAAAUAAGUCAUUUAAGUUAAGUUGAGAAUGACAAUAUUAAAUUAAAUUAAGAAUGUGAAAAAUUAGAUUAAAAAUAUAAUGAUUAAGUUGAAUUAUUAUAACAAACUAAAAAUGAGAGAAAUGAUUUACAAUAAAUUAAAAGUUAAUUAGAAUAAGAAUUAUAAUUAAUAUAAUCAGAAUUAUAAUCAUCUUAAUAAAAUUAAGAAAUUAAAAAUAAAUAAAUUAAAUAAUUAGAAAAUGUAAUUUAAGAAAAAGAAUAAAAUAUUUCAUAACUUAAAAAUUAAGAAUAAAAGAUGUUUGAAUAUGAAACUAAAUUAGCAUUUCUUAGUUAAGAAAUUGAAAGAUAAACUAAUUAAUAUAAAGUGAAAUUAGGUGAAUUAGCAGAAUUAUAAUCUUAAUUAGUUAAUAUUAAUGAAUUAUAAAUUGUAAUUUAAACUCUUGAAAAUGAAAAAAAUAAAUUAUCAGGAAUAAUUUAAUAAAAGGAACAUGAAACUCAAUUAUGGAAAAAUAAAGUAGAUGAAUAAUAAAAAGCUAUGGAGAAAUUUGAAGAGAUGAAGGUAAUUUUAUAAACUUAUUAAUUUUUAGUAUUAAAUGGAAAAUAAAAUUGCUAUGUUAUCAAGUGAAGUUGAAAGAUUAAAUUAUAAAUAUAAGGUAUUAUUAGAUGAUAAAUCUAAAUGGAAUAAGAGAAUGAAGUUGCUUUUUGAUGAAUUAACUAAAGUUAGUAUGUAGAAUGAGAUUUCAUCAAAUGUAAAUAAAUUGAUUUUUUUUAUUUUAGGAAGCCUUUAAUUGGAAACAUAAGAUUUUAGAAUUAGCUGAACUCCAAUCUAAAUUGACAUAAUAAGAUGGUUCUAUUUAAUAAUGUUUGUAAGAGACAGAACAUAUGAGAUAGCAAUUACAAGAAUAAGAUUUCUUGGAUGCUAGAUAAAAAAUAAGAUCAUUAUGA